AUGGACAUCUGGGAGAAAUACAGCCUUACAUCCACAGACCCUUGUCGUACGACCCUUACAGAUGCACAAAGUCCACAACAAAUUGUCUACCAGGCGACUACGGACGAGUCAGGAUCAAGGCCUAUAACGACAUUUGUUGAUGCGUCAGGAAACGUAAUUGCAUCACUGGAGUGGCACCUGCACUUGAGUGACAAAGUGAGUGUACAUGGACGUGAGAUGGAGAACGUGGGGAAAUGGUUGAAGGGUAAGAAACUGGGGAAAGGACGCGGUUUCUCCUUUACAGAUGAGCAAGGCCAUACAUACACAUGGGAGAAAGCUGAAGAUAGUCCAGAUAUUCAAGUUUUUGCAGAUGAUGAUAAAACAAUAGCCAUAGCAAAGUUUAUUCCUCCCGCAUUGGAAAAGACGCCUGGGGGAAAGCCGACGACAACAUUUGCGAGCAUCCUCAUUUCUAAGCAUGCCAAGCAGAUAAGUGACGAUGUCGUAUUGUCAGCUUUGUUGAUUGAGAAGGCAAACCGAACGUCUAGGAAGGAUUUGUUUGCUUCGGAUUCGGGCUGGGGUGUAUUUGGUUUGUUUAAUGCCUUGGGUAGCAUUGCAUCCUGA